AUGUCCACCUCAGAUGACAACGACUACAACACACCGCGUGCUCGAGAUACACCCGUAGAUAUAAGCGGGUCCCUCGGGGAAAAAAGGAAGAAAAGAAAGAACACAAAUGUGGCAUGCGUGAACUGUUCAAGACUGCAUGUCUCGUGUGAAGCCAAACGACCAUGUUUGCGAUGUAUCAGUAAGGGUCUCACAGCCACUUGUGUCGAUGCUCCAAGAAAGAAAAGCAAAUACCUUGCAGGGAUUCCGAAUAAAGAACUUCCAAUGAAUAUACAGCCGGAUCAUCCUCGCAAGAUCAUGAUACCCAUCUAUAAUAAUUCCAACAACAGCUCCAUUGGUAUAAACAACAUAGGAGAGCAACAGAAGUUUACGAGCCCACAGCAUAUCGUUCACAAAGCCAAGUUCAUGUCGAACGCUGCUGACUCCGAGUACUCCAUUCUAUCGAACAUAAUCUAUCAAGAUACGUUGUCCAAUAAGAUCCCCAUCGACAUUUUAUACUCCAACACUAAUUCUGCAUCCAACUCCACCAUGGGAAAUAGCAGCAAUAACAGUCCCACGGGGACAAACACAAGUCCCGAGGAAACUGAAAUGGAGAAGAUCCGCCAGCUCUACAGCGAACAGCGAGCGAACAUGGCCUCGCAUCCGUAUCCGUCUUCCAAUCAAAAUGUUUAUUCAAUAUUGUUGGGGGCCAAUUCAGCCAAGAUCGUGGCCUCGCAUGUUAAUUUGUUUGCAAAUCACUUCCCUUUGGUUCCUGUAGAGCCAUUUGAUGGUUCUUUAAACUUCAAGAGAUUACUACCGAAAAGCCCAUCCGAAAAGGGCUCGCAAAUAAACUGGGAUGCAAGCAUAAACCAGUACUACUUGAACAGCGAAAUAGUGACGUUCCCUGAAUUAGCCCUACCCUUGAAAAAGAAAAAGAACCAUUUAGUCUCUGUAUCAUUGGAAAGCUGUUCGCCGGACGCCACAAAUAUAAAGAGUAAUGUGGAAUGGGAACACUCCUUGAGAUAUUCCACGCCAAUGGAAAUAUACACUUCGAUAAACGCACCAUUCUCACACACUCCCGGGUUCCACCAUCUUUUAGUGUACUUAAAGCAUCGAUUCAACCAGCAGGAUCUGGUGAAGAUGUGUCGGUCCAUCGCCGAGUUCCGACCCAUUUUCAUUGCGUGUUCAGUAACAUUAACUGAAGAGGACAUGAUUUUCAUGGAGCAAUGCUAUCAACGAACGCUAUUAGAAUACGUAAAGUUUAUAGGACAGAUCGGCACGCCGACGUGCAUUUGGCGAAGAAACGGCCAAAUCUCUUACGUCAACGAAGAAUUCGAAAUCUUAAGCGGUUGGACGAGAGAAGAAUUAUUAAACAAGAUGACGUUCAUCGUGGAGAUCAUGGAUGAUGAAAGUGUACGAGAUUACUUCAAGACGCUCUCCAAAGUGGCGUACAGAGACUUUAAAGGUUCUGAGAAAAUGAAAGUCUGUAGACUCCUGAGCCCCAUCAAGGGUAAGGUGAUCCAUUGCUGUUGCAUGUGGACGCUUAAAAGAGAUGUCUCCGGAUUGCCCCUGAUGAUUCUUGGUAAUUUCAUGCCCAUACUCAAUUGA